CCCGUCACCUUUAAUAGGGGCGACUUGAACUAUCCUAUACACAGGGACAUUAGAGGAAAAAGCGACCGUCUCUUGCCUUGGAAAUGCGCGUCAGGGGACCGCGGUAGCCAAUCUGCUUGAGCACGUAUAGACGCUUGUAAUUCAUGAGACCCCUUGCUGUCUCGCGCAGUGCUCUCUUUCCGCACAUAGCAGUGUUCUUGCUGACUCAGUGCCUUGCUCCCUUUUCUCGCCAAGCACGGACCAGAAACUGCGACGCACGCUCCCUCCAGUAGCCUAUAGCCCACUUCAGCGCCACCAACGCCGCACAAACCGACUGACAUGGCUAAAACAGCAAUUGGUAAGCUAACGGUUUACCGUUAUUUAUCUGUGUUUUGGGGACGAGUUGACAGUCACAGAGCGUUGGGUGGUGGUUUUGCGUGCGGCUGUAAGGAUGCUGUGUGAGCAUGCAGCGGCGACACCCUUGGCACAAAAGACUGCCAAGCAUUUCUUCAAGGGAGCGGUCAAAGUCUGUCGCAUGUCAACAAAUAUAUAUUUUUAAACUUGCAAAUGGGAUGCAAUCAUUUUGCUUGUGUUUACCUUGAGCCUGAACUGCACGCAUUCGUUUUUUAUUUCAUUCUAUAUCAUGAUGUUAGUAGGCUACAGUUUAUGAGAUAGCCCGAUAACAUUUAAUUAUAGGCAUAUUCAAUAUCCCUUUUUACAUUGUGCGUAAAGCGAAUAAAUAGCCUAGAUUGAAGAAAUCCUAUGGCCACAUUUGCUGUAGAUUAUUCGAGCAGGAUAGACGCUCUUAUGGAUGCUGGCUGCCGCACCUGCCGCUGUAGACCAACACAUGCUCAUACAACAGCAUAAUGCAGAACGACCGCACCCAACAUCACGGUCUCUCUCUCUCCUCACCAGCGCAGAGCAGAAUUAGACAAACCCUUUGCAAAUAUUUUUAUAGGGACUGGGCUACUAUUUAUUAUAAUCUUAUGCUCAAUCAAAUUGAAUGAUGAGAGGAAUGCAUGAGAAUAAAUUAAUCUCUAGUUGCACUCUUUAUAUCUGUGCUAAAGCUGUCUGGUGAAGAAUUACGACUUGCAAUGAAAACGAAUUGUCGUUUGUAGGUUGUGAUUAUUUUUCUCCAAUCUACAUGGAUACUAAUCAUGUAGUCAAAUGUAUUCCUAGUUGCCGAUGAUUUCCCUGUCAUUCCAUUUAUGAUCUAAACAUGUCUAUUUGGUUAUAUGGAGGAAUUGAUGGAAGUUGAAAUGUGUCAUCAUAUUCCAGUAAUUUCAUGCCAGGUCUUGAUAUAAUUUUUAUUGCAUGAGCUGGGCCUGAUUUGCUUAAAGUCAGUCACGAUAAAUGUUUUAAGACAUUUGGGAGUAUAAAUAGUAUAGACCUAUCCAAUAUUGUCUUAUGCUUAAUGGAGCACUUUCAUGCGGAUUUAGGGCCCUUUUGAGUGAGCUGAGACCCGUCUCUAUGGCGACGGUCAAGGGACUACUUUUAUUCCGGAUGAAUAGGUCGGUGAUGGAUGGAUAAGGGUGCAGACAAACAGCAAUACAUUUAACUGUGUCAAGUCCUUACGUCUGUCUGCACCUGCAGCGGGCUGUUUCAUUAUGUCUCGGCCUGGCCGCAUAGCUGUUAGUUAUGUUUUAUUAUUAUUAUUGAGUUGUAGACAGACACUGGGCGAGUGGGAUGGGCCAGACACCCAGGGCACAUGAUCGUCAUAGACGUCGUCAGUGGGAGCAAGGGCCGGCAGGGUGGCAGGCCAGAUCAGUUGUUGUUUGGUAAUGUACCUUAUUGUCAAUGACAGUGACUGUGAUAGAAAUAGAAACGUGUCCCUGCUGUUUAUAAAAGAUUCAAUAAGGAUAUGUUGCCUACAGCCUAGGAUCAAUGCAUUUUUAGCAGACAGACAGGCAGACAGGCAGGAUAUUUGACAGUUGUGGGCGGUAUACACAGCUUCCUCCCAAUGGCAUAUAGCUGUAGGCCUAUAGAUAACAAGCCAAAAUUCAAAUUUAUGCUCUCUGCCCACUUGGCUACUGAUUUGUCUAGGGUCAUCAAACAUGCUUACAUUAACAUACAUUAAGAUCCUCGUUGAUUUAUAAUAUAUAUAUAUAGGGCCUACUGUGUGAUUUAUGAGUUAGGUGUGGCUAUCAGAUAUCUCUUCUCCAUUCUUUGUGUUAAGGGGCCAAAGCUUUCUGGGACAAUGGCGCCCCCCAGAGGUCAUAGCCUCUGCAGCGUCACUGAGUGCAUCCCUGAACCCAGUUCUGCCUGAGUCACUCUUGUGACUCUUGUUGCCAUAGAGCUGUAUUCAUCACUUCUCAAGACCCAUCAACAGUUGUAGAAUAAAAUGUAUACGACUGAAGCAAAAGCUGAAAUGAAAUAUCCCAGCCAGAGAGGAGAGGCUAUCGUUAGCAAUGUCUCUCAGUUAAAAUAGUCAUUGUACCCUAAUAUACAUUUACAUAAUUUAGCAGACGCUCUUAUCCAGAGCGACUUACAGUUAGUGCAUACAUUAUUAUUUUCAUACUGGCCCCCCGUGGGAAUUGAACCCACAACCCUGGAGUUGCAAACGCCAUGCUCUAUCAACUGAGCUACCUCCCUGCCUGCCAUUCCCUCCCCUUCCCUACCCUGGGCCAAUUGUGCGCCGCCCCAUUGGUCUCCCGGUUGCGGCCGGCUACAGCAGAGCCUGGAUUCAAACCAGGAUCUCUAGUGGCACAGCUAGCACUGUGAUGCAGUGCCUUAGACCACUGCGCCACUCGGGAUCCCAAAUAGGGGACCUGACUCCUUGGGUGUGGUUAUGAAGAAAACAAACUUUGGGCUCAGGCUUAUUGGUCUGUUGUUUGCAUUUCAGUGUUCAACAAUGCAUACUAAUGUCUGAAACCUCCCUCGCUGAUAAUAUCCUCCACCUACCAUCCCACUCAAUAGCCAUUUUCACUGUAGCUCUCCAUUAAUGCUGUAAUUACACUACUGAUUAUAUUGUCAUCUAGAGGAUGGGUUGUAAACUAAAUGAUGAGCUUCAUCCCACACACACACACACACACACACAGUGAGGCUGCUGUUUUAGCUUAUUGGGCCCUGGAGACCUGUAAGGCCCCAGUAUUGGGUUGGGGUGGAGGGACGGGGUGAACAGGACAGUAUUGGGUUGGGGUGGAGGGACGGGGAGAACAGGACAGCAUUGGGUUGGGGUGGAGGUGGAGGGACAAGGUAGAACAGGACAGCAGCAGUGCAAGAGGAGGAAGAAGGGGGGAGGGGGAGGAAGAAGGGAGGAGGGGGAGAAAGAAGGAGGGAGGGGGAGGAAGAAGGGGGGAGGGGGAGGUAGAAGGGAGGAGGGGAGGCAGAAGGGAGGAGGGGGAGGGGGAGGGGGAGGGGAAGGGGGAGGGGGAGGGGGAGGAAGAAGGGGGGAGGGGGAGGAAGAAGGGGGGAGGGGAGGAAGAAGGGAGGAGGGGAGGCAGAAGGGAGGAGGGGGAGGAAGAAGGGGGGAGGAAGAAGGGAGAUUGUGUGGUUUUAGUUCACCAUUAUAGAAUAACAAUGUUUAGUUUAGAAAUGUAUUUAAUAUAAAGCUAUAUUAUAUCAUAUAAGUACCAGGCCCAUAUUGAAUCAGUUUAACUAAGUCUGUUGACAACAUUCACUAAACACCAAAACACACAACAGGCCAGGGUAAGAGCAAGUUGACACAACUACCAGUGGCAGUUAUCUUUUGACCUGCUCCACUAAACCACCAUUUGUUCACAUCACUGACAUCCCUGACAAGUUGUCCUGAAGGGAAAAGGGUGUAAAGUGAAUACACACACACAUCUAAGUACAGAUGCACACACACACAUCCGGUAAUUACAAAUGAAAAUCCCCUCCACCGCUCCACCAAAGGCAGCAGCCUCCAUUUGCCUGCCCUGAGGUCCCUCGAUCCCUGUGGGAGUCAGCCAGCCCAAACCAGCCCUCCUUUCCUCCUUUUCACCCCCCCCCCCCCCUUUCAUUUUCUCUUAUUCUCUAUGGGAGGGGUUAACCCAGUCCUGCUUUCGUCCUCUCCACAUCUCCCCUUUUCUCCUCCUCUUCUGGGAGAGGUUAACAAGCCCAUCGGAGAGUCAGCGAGCUAAUGCUACAUGUGAAAGUUCAACUGAUUACCCGUGGCAUCUGCUAGGCUGAGAGCUGUCUGGUUGUGCAGCACCACUGCUGUAGGUGCUAGCUACACUUCACUCAAACAGACAGAAAGACAGGGAAAGGGUUUGGCUGGGUGAGCAACAGCAGAACGGCCGUAGGCACUAGCUACACUUCUCUCCUCCAUGGAGAAGCUGUCUAACUGUAAAUCUCAGCCUUACUUUGCUCAGUUUUGACUCCCAGCCAGGGAAAUCAGUCAGUGGUCGAUGCAGCACAUUUCAGCCCUGCAGCCCACAGCGUGUGAUGGAUGAUAGAUCAUAGAGGCUUGGGUGCUGUUUGGCACGCCGUGGUGCCCGGCUGGACUCUGACUGUGCCUCCAGUGCAUACUGUACUGAACACUACAGCACAGCAGCCAGGAGGAAGAGAGCCAAACUGUUUGUUGCAGUAUGACACAGUAGUUUUACCCUCUCUGUUGGCUGCCUCAUGGGGAUGCUACAGUAGGUUCUCAUCCCAGUUUGGGUGCCAAAUCUCAGGAGCUUUGUAGCCUGGAAUCUUAAAGUGAAACAAUAUUGAAACAGAACCAUUCGGUUUGGAUUCCAGGCUAGUAGCUUUCAACAACAUCAGCCAUAAUCAUUCAGCCUCUAGCUGCUAUCCCUGCUAUUAAAUGACUGAUGGAUGUUACCAGUGCUAGCUACAGACUGGGUAAGAAGGGUGCCUAGCCUGCUAGCUAAGUAAAUAAAUUAUAAGCUGAAAUGAAAUGAAAUGCAUAGCUAAUGAUGAGUGGAGAAUGAAUGCUGUGGGGAGGUGGUGAACCGUUCAGAACAUAUGAGGACACAGCAGACACCCUCUCACGCAAGCAUGUACACACACACACACACACACACACACACACACACACACACACACACACACACACACACACACACACACACACACACACACACACACACACACACACACACACACACACACACACACACACACACACACACACAUACACACACACACACAGUCAUCCCACUUCCCUUCAGUCUACACAAACAAAGCUCCACAAAAUGGGGCUUAGAAACCUCAGGCUGAUUCAUCUCACUAGACUAGACCAGCUUUGAUGAUCAUGUUUUUCUUUUCUAUUUAAGGAUUUGCUGAAUAUUUAUUUUCCUAAACAUCUAAAGAUGGCGAUGCCAUGUGGGAUGAUCAUUUAUGAGGAGGAGAAAGUGGGUUAACGAUGUGUGUGUGUGCGCACGUCUGUGUGUGUGUGUGUUCCCCACAGCAUACAAAGAGAAGAUGAAGGAGAUUUCUGUCCUGUCUCUUCUCUGCUCUUGCCUGUACCCCGAGGCACGCAAGAACCUGAUGGGAGAGUUCCAAGGUAGGCAGAAGGGUCACCUGACUUUUUAAAUGUUUCAAAUCACUUUCAACGUACUGUAAAGGCAACGAAGAGGCAAUUUUUGGUCUAAGUGAAAGUUUGAUUGGGGUAAUAUUAUCACUACAAAGGCAGCAUUUUGAGUUUCCUGUGGUUUCCCCCCACUUGUCCCCCCUCUACCAACACACACACACACACACACACACACACACACACACACACACACACACACACACACACACACACACACACACACACACACACACACACACACCCAUACCCCACCCUCAUGCACUUCUCACCUUGUAGUAGCAGGCAUGGAGGUGAAGCCCAUCAACAAGCGUGCCUCUGGCCAGGCCUUUGAAGUGAUCCUGAAGCCCCCCUCCCCUGUGUCGGACGCAGCCCACUGCGUCACCUCGCCCCCUAAGCGGGAGGUCUCUCUGGAGGACAUCCAGAAGAAGCUGGAGGCCGCUGAGGACCGGAGGAGAGUGAGUCACCAUCUAUCAGUUUCCCUUAGCAACUUAAUUCCAAAACUGAAUCACACUGAAUUACGUUAGUAAAUUACACUUUAGACAAACUUUGUCCUAGCUUACUUGUCUUAGCCUAUACCUUAGCCCGGCUUAGACUUUGACUCCUACACUUAUUAUUACUAAGCAAUGAGUAUAUUCAUCAGGCAAAGGAAUGAUACUAAAACGAACUCUUACCCUUUCCUUCCCACCCUUAUCUUGGCCCCCACCUGCAUUCUAUUCUGUUCUGUUCUCUUCUACUUUAUUCUAUUCUAUUCGGAUCUCUUCUAUUCUCUUCUACUUUAUUCUAUUCUACUUUACAUUAUUCUACUCUACUCUACUCUACUCUACUCUACUCUACUCUACUCUACUCUACUCUACUCUACUCUACUCUACUCUACUCUAUUCUACUCGACUUUACUCUAUUCUACUCUACUCUACUCUACUCUACUCUAAUCUAUCACCUCCCCUCUUCAGUCCCAGGAGGCCCAGGUUAUCAGGGCCCUGGCGGAGAAGCGGGAGCACGAGAGGGACGUGCUGCUCAAGGCCAUGGAGGAGAACAGCAACUUCAGCAAGAUGGCAGAGGAGAAGCUGACCAUGAAGAUGGAGCAGAUCAAGGAGAACCGGCAGGCCUACCUGGCCUCCAUCAUGGAGCGCCUGCAGGAGAAGGUGAGAGGACAGUUUGGUGGGAAAAAUUGUAGGUGGAGACAGCAAGACCUGGUGAAUGGAAGGGGUGGAAAAGAUAUAAGGGUACGAUAUGAUAGGUAGGGGCUGGUGGCAUCAUUCAAGGAUGAAACACUGGCCAUUGUAGUUAAACAUGUCAGCUGAAAGGGGGAGGACAGUAAGUUGACAGACUUGAACCAGAGAGUCUCAGGACAGGGUCCGUAUUGAGAGGUUUCUGGUAGGUCCAACAUGGCAGAAUCUCUCUCUGUGUUGUCCUCAGGAGAGGCAUGCCCAGGUGGUGCGCAGGAACAAAGAGCUCAGGGAAGAGCUGACAGCGUGAGCAGUCGAGGGGCGCCACCGACCAUUGUACCCCCCUACAGCCACCCUACCCCCCUACAGCCCCCCCCCCCCCCCCCCCCCCCCCCCCCACCCCCCGAUCCCCCUGCUACUACAGCACCCACAGCAUCAAAAGACCCCCCUCCCCCCUCCUUGAGGUAGGAGGAGGACCAACCCACCCACCGCCAGACCACACCAACAGCAUUAGAAAA